AUGUUUGAUUUACUGUCUGGCAUUGGGCUCAAAAUAGAUAGGCUCGAUACAAAGUUGGGAAAACCUGGUUCCUCAGCUGACAACACUGCAAAGAUUAGAAGAAGGGACAGUCAGCUGAAAAGUAGGCGAUCUCAUCAGAGAUCAAAGCCUUCCAACGGGGGAGAUCUGGGAGAUCGAGAAAUCGAGGAGUUACAUUCAGAUAUAGCUUCAGCUAUUCAGCCCCUUCGACACCUGGUUAUGACAGACUCAAAAAAUCAAGAGCUUUUCUUGAAGUACUUCACACUUAUCGUGAUUCUUUUGCCGUCAAUUUUCGCUGUCAUUAUUCCCACAUCAAGUGGCGAUAUCGAUAUUGCAAGUAUUGCUACCGAUGGGUUGAUGAUUGUCUUGGUCAGUUGGUUUAUAAAGUUUACAAUUGAGUGGCCCUGGUCUUGGAUGCGUCAAAUAAGAGAUACAAGACUGAAGUUAAUAAAUCAUAUCAAUUCCACCAUAUUAAACAACAGAAGUUCUAUGGCGUCUGAUCUUCAAUUGAAUCAAGAAGUACUGAUAAACAACAUUCUAUUGAUUAAGAAGCUAAACAAGCUUGAGCUCUACUCGAUUCUCCUUUCGUUUUUGGGAUCACUCUUCGGUUCAGCUUUGAUGUUAUGGGCAAGAAAUUAUAUGAUUAUUGAGGAGUCUAGAAAAAAAAUUGUUUUCAAUAAUUUGAACAUUUGUAUAUUCAUGUUUUGGGGAGUUCUAAGGUUGGUUUUAGCAUUAUCCGAAGUAUUGCAAAAAACAACCGUCGACGGAAUUAACGAAAAUUUCAAUAGCAAGAAUGAUCCCGCCCUGGAAUAUGGCCUAGUCACUGAACAUAACUUGGACACGUUUUUGCAACCGAAAUCUGAGAUUCAAAGAGAUGGUGAAAAGAAUACACAUCAUGGCUUAGAAAAAGCAGCUCUGUUGACCCCAUUUGAGCUAUUAGAGUCAGAUGGAGACAUUGUCAACAAGGAGAAACAGAAAGAACUUGCUAGCUAUGAGACAAAAAUAUCUUUGCUAGAGAAAUCAGCUUUAAAACAAAAAGAUGCUUUAGACCUAUUGGCAACUUGUCAGGAUGCAGAAUUCAAGAAAAUCAAUUUGAUUUUGAAUAAGUUAGAAGAUACUGUAACCUCUAUAAAAGACGUAAAACUUCCGUCUAGUUCUAAUGGGAAAGGGAGCAUUUACUUAAAACCAUUUCCUCUCAAUUUCGUGAAUGUCGACCGAAAAUCAAAGGCUCUGUUUGCGCCUCCAGUUCAUGAAAUACCAACUAUUUUUGAAGAAGACGUGGAGGAUGAAGAAGAAGGUAAAAUUACUAAAGCCAAUAUAGGUAAGGAUCAACCUGCCAUAUUGAGUGCCAGGCUACCUAGAAUGAUUUUUGAAGAAUCUUCGGGCAUUGAUCAGGCGACAACUAAAGAUGCAACAAGUAGUGAUUCGAAUGAAAUGCCAUCCAAUUUUUCUCAACAUGUAAGCGGAGGUCAUUUUUCUUUACAUGGACUUCCUUUCCAGUCUUCUAUCAAAGACUUGAUUACAAGGCAACUUUGUCAAGAAGGAAUCGAAGCUGAUGUGAGAUUUAAUGACUUGGUCGGGUAUGAAUCUGAGACUAAUUCUUCAAAUAUGUUUGAAGAUCUGCAGAGCGAAGUGGCAUUGGAUGACUCUUUUUACUCUUUUUUAAAAACUACAAAAAUAAUUCUACGACGGCUAAAAAAAAAAACGUCAAUUACUGACUUAAUAAAGAACCCUUUUAUAAUAAAAAAUGUUCUAAGAAAUGAACUAGUGCCUGUUUUAGACAGGUUCAUUAGGGAUAAUGUUGAGAAGUAUUCCGCAAGCAUCAUACUAACAAAAUUAAUCAUUUGGGAAAUAUUUUCUAGAUAUGUGUUCAAUAAUAUCAACAUAUUAAUGACGUAUUUCUCUGACCUACAUAAGCAUUAUUUUGGUCCACUCAAAAAAUUUGAGAAAUUGUUGUUCUUGAUAUGCAUGAAAAUACCUUUAAACAUUCUACGAUUCCAAUUAAGCGUAGCUUUAUUUUUUCCCAAAUUGCUAGUGAAUAUAUUCGUGAUUUAUCCUUUUCUCAGGAUUAAGAAUAGAUGGAGUCGAGAUAAUCACGAAAAGAAAGAUGGCUCUAAACCUUCAAGCGGAAUUAAGGAAUUCCACCUAAAUUCAAGCGCUUCAGGUAUGAAUCAUGUACAUCGUAUAGGGCCAAACACAAGGACAAGAAAGCGUAUCUUAGAUAAGCUAUCUAAAUAUUAUGAUCUUGAUUCUGAUGCUAGCCCUUUGGAUGUUCCAACUGUGACUCCUGUUAUUUUGCAUGACGAAGAAUAG